AUGGUCAGUCUGGUGGAUUUGGUCAGAAGCCUGGAGAGAGGAACAGGGGAGAGGAGCCAUGAGCGAACGUCUUAUGUGGAGUAGUAGAUAUCAGAGGACACAAGACUUUCAACUCUGCUUUCACUGAUACUUCCAACAAAAACAGUAGUGUGUGAUUGUGUACUCGCAUUAAUAGUGGUGGUAGGAUAUUACAGUUGAGUACGUAGUCUCUGCACACUGGACUGUCCCCUGCUAUGUUACCCAAAGCCCACACCGCCUGAGAGAGGAGGAGAGAGAGAGAGAGAGAGAAAGGAGAGGGAGAAAGAAAGGAGAGAAGAGAGGGGAGGGGAGAGAGAGGGAGAGAAAGGAGAGAGGAGGAGAGAGAGAGAAAGAAAGGAGAGAAGAGAGGGGAGAGAGAGAGAGAGAGAGAGAGAGAGAAGAGAGGGGAGAGAGAGAGCGCAAAACUAGGUAGAAAUGAAAGACAGUCUUGUAAUCCAUUUUUCCAUGCCUGUUUAGAUGUAGUGUUGGCCUUACCUGUUCCUGAACAUCUUCAAAGUCAGAGUUGAGUAGUUCUAUGAAGAUGGGUACUGCUCCCGCCUCGAUUACUAUGUUAGUCUGCAUGGACGUACCUGACGCUAUGUUGGUCAGCGCCCACGCCGCCUCAAACUACACAGACAGAGACUUUAUUAAUGACACACUGAUAUUGAUAAUAAAACUCGAUUAUACAAAAACAUACAAUGACAGAAAUGUUAUUGUGACUGCAAUAAUUGCCAAAGAUAUCCACAAUGAAUUACUAGCUACUCAAGACUGAACAUCCUCCAGUUUUCCAGUCUGGGUUAACUUUUAUAUUAAGGUCUCACCUGUAAUGUGCAGUUGACGCUCCUCUUCAGGAACUCUACCAACCUCUCUACAAUGCCUGGGGUGUUGAUGACCUCGUCAAUAGGUGGAUUGGGUUCUGGAACAAGAUCAGACACAGAAUAUAUGAGAAAGUGUCUAACAAUUAGCACCAUGGACUCACAACCUUCACCACCCUAGAGGGAGGUAGCUUAAUCAGCUGUGUUAGUGCCGGGCUGGGCUUGGAGCAACAGCCUGUACACCCUGAGGGUCCCCAGGACCAGGAGGGACAACACCCUGAGGGUCCCCAGGACCAGGAGAGACAACACCCUGAGGGUCCCCAGGACCAGCAACACCCUGAGGGUCCCCAGGACCAGCAACACCCUGAGGGUCCCCAGGACCAGAAACACCCUGAGGAUCCCCAGGACCAGAAACACCCUGAGGGUCCCCAGGACCAGGAGGGACAACACCCUGAGGGUCCCCAGGACCAGGAGAGACAACACCCUGAGGGUCCCCAGGACCAGGAGGGACAACACCCUGAGGGUCCCCAGGACCAGGAGAGACAACACCCUGAGGGUCCCCAGGACCAGCAACACCCUGAGGAUCCCCAGGACCAGGCGUGACAACACCCUGAGGGUCCCCAGGACCAGGAGGGACAACACCCUGAGGGUUCCCAGGACCAGGCGUGACAACACCCUGAGGGUCCCCAGGACCAGCAACACCCUGAGGGUCCCCAGGACCAGCAACACCCUGAGGGUCCCCAGGACCAGGCGUGACAACACCCUGAGGGUCCCCAGGACCAGGAGGGACAACACCCUGAGGGUUCCCAGGACCAGGCGUGACAACACCCUGAGGGUCCCCAGGACCAGGAGGGACAACACCCUGAGGGUUCCCAGGAACAGGAGAGACAACACCCUGAGGGUCCCCAGGACCAGCAACACCCUGAGGGUCCCCAGGACCAGCAACACCCUGAGGGUCCCCAGGACCAGGCGUGACAACACCCUGAGGGUCCCCAGGACCAGGAGGGACAACACCAUGAGGGUCCCCAGGACCAGGAGGGACAACACCCUGAGGGUUCCCAGGACCAGGCGUGACAACACCCUGAGGGUCCCCAGGACCAGCAACACCCCCAGGACCAGCAACACCCCCAGGACCAGCAACACCCUGAGGGUCCCCAGGACCAGCAACACCCUGAGGGUCCCCAGGACCAGGAGAGACAACACCCUGAGGGUCCCCAGGACCAGCAACACCCUGAGGGUCCCCAGGACCAGCAACACCCUGAGGGUCCCCAGGACCAGGAGGGACAACACCCUGAGGGUCCCCAGGACCAGCAACACCCUGAGGGUCCCCAGGACCAGGAGAGACAACAGUGAGUGA